AACAGAGAGGAGCUGGGGUUCCCUCCCAAUAGUGAGCAGGCGGCACGAGAGACAGCCAACAACGAGAAGCGAGUUACAAUAACGGGAACCGAUCAUAAUGCGCUAAUUCCGACAAACGACAAGCUCCUCGCUUUUCGUUCCCUGACAGGCAUCGACACUGUCCCUACUUUGUCAAGCACCGGCCAUGCUCGACGCGCAGCACCCAACAUUGGCCUAUAUGCCAGAGUCGUGCAGGCAGAGCAGAAGGCGGCUCAUAAUUAUCGCAUCUUCCACGGUUUGAUCAACUUCUGCCUUGGGGCCCAAAUGAUCGUCGGCGCGGCGUUGACUGCAAUCGGAGCAGCCAACGGCUCUCGUCACGCGGUUACGGGACUGGGUGCUAUGAAUACAAUCAUGGCGGGCAUAUUGACAUAUCUCAAGGGCUCUGGUCUUCCUGAUCGAUACAAAGCUCACGAGAGCCAAUGGAGAGAGAUUCGCGAGUAUAUUGAGCAGCGCGAGCGAGAACUUUGUUUACUAGACUGCACCCUCGAUGUCCAAGAAGAGGUUGCCAUCGUGGAAGAAAUGUAUAACCAAGCCAAAGCUGAGCUAGAGGCGAGAGGAUUUGGA